GACAUCUUGCCAUUCUACAAAUCACUACCAUGUCUCGCCAUCAUCCCGACCUAGUAAUGUGCCGCAAGCAAGCGGGCAUCUCCAUUGGCCGGCUCUGCGACAAGUGCGACGGCAAGUGUCCCGUGUGCGAUUCUUACGUGCGCCCAACGACGCUCGUGCGCAUCUGCGACGAGUGCAGCUUCGGCAACUACCAGAACAAGUGCGUCGUGUGCGGCGGCGAGGGCAUCUCGGACGCCUUCUACUGCUUCGAAUGCACGCGUCUGGAGAAGGACAGGGACGGGUGUCCCAAGAUCAUCAACCUGGGCAGCUCAAGGACAGAUCUGUUUUACCAAAAGAAGACAAAUCGUACGGGGUUCUAGUCAUGGUGUGGUCCGGGUCCGGGCGCUUCUCUCCUCGAGCUGUUCGCUGGAAAUAUACCGGUCUAGGAGUUAAGGGGCCAUCUUGAUUUGACGGCGUUGUGGCGUUCGGGGCGG